UGUCCCGCACAACUGGUGGGGGCAUCAGUCUACUUUGCGGCGAAAUAGGUUACCCAGGAGUAGUUUUAACCGAGGCAUCACCCGGUAAAGAUCAACACUCAACACCUUUUGGUAUCUCCAGGUAGUCCUCAACACCAAACGGUUACAGAUCAACAGGAAUACGCACGGCCUAUUAAAGCAACUCAACAGAGCACAGCUCCACCUAAACAAAAUUUGGAUUCUAUGCUUGGUAAUCUUCAAGCAGACAUGAGUCGUCAAGGAGUUAAUACAAGUCAAAAAGGUUGUUGCAACGCUUGCGAAAAACCAAUUGUUGGACAAGUUAUUACUGCGCUGGGGAAAACAUGGCAUCCAGAACAUUUUACAUGUGCCCAUUGUUCUCAAGAAUUAGGAACGAGAAAUUUCUUUGAACGAGAUGGAAAACCUUAUUGCGAACCAGAUUAUCAUAACCUUUUUAGCCCAAGAUGUGCUUAUUGCAACGGCCCAAUUUUGGAUAAAUGUGUAACGGCAUUAGAAAAAACCUGGCAUAUGGAACAUUUCUUUUGCGCCCAAUGUGGUAAACAAUUUGGCGAAGAAGGUUUUCACGAACGCGAAGGGAAACCUUAUUGCAGGGACGAUUACUUUGACAUGUUCGCCCCGAAAUGCGGAUCUUGCAAUCGUGCUAUUAUGGAAAAUUAUAUUUCCGCGCUUAACGCGCAAUGGCAUCCAGAUUGUUUUGUUUGCAGGGAUUGCAGACAACCAUUUGUUGGCGGAUCAUUUUUUGAUCAUGAAGGACACCCGUAUUGCGAAACACAUUACCACUCAAAGAGAGGAUCGUUAUGCGCGGGAUGCCAUAAACCUAUAACUGGUCGCUGCAUAACAGCAAUGUUUAAAAAAUUCCAUCCAGAGCAUUUCGUUUGCGCAUUUUGCCUCAAACAAUUAAAUAAAGGCACCUUUAAGGAGCAAAAUGAUAAACCGUAUUGUCACAAUUGCUUUGAUAAAUUAUUCGGUUGAAAUUCAAUAAUAUUUAAUUAAUUAACUAAUUAAUUAAUGAUUGCACUACUUGGAUGGAAGAGUGCAAUUUCUUUUACUUCCACUCUUUCGCAAAUAUAAAUCGAUAUUCGCUACAAACAAAACUUAUUUGUACUCUUCCUGCUUUCGUUGCUUUAAACAUUUUUUAAAUAAUCAUGUGAAAUACAGGGGUAUGGGUAUAUUUCUUUUAAUUUUUUUUUUUACUCAAAGUUGUGAAUGUAUCUAUAGAAUUUCUUAGAUCGAUUUGGCACUUGUUACAUAGCAAGUAGUUACAACAUACUUUUAUUAAUUGUUAAUGGUUUUAUUUUCUUUAUUUUUUUCUUAAUAUUAAGAAUGAUGCCAAACUAAAAUGUGGUUGAGAAUUAUGUGUGUAAAACUUUAUUAAAGAUUAAUUAAAAAUUUACAACAA